AUGAAAAAAAUAACUUAAUCAUUAUUUUGGUUUUACUUUUGUUUAGAUCUUAUAGAAUCCGUAUAAUCAUUAGAAGAUGUUAAUCCUCUUAACUUUGUAAAUGAAUAAUUCAAGCCUAGUAGUUAAGAUGAUACAAAUUAAACAAUAAAAGGAGCAAAUUAAUAUAUUACCAAAUAUACAUUAAAUGCAUUUACUUUGACUGAAUUGAUAAUAGAUCUAAGACAUUUAGAUAAAUAUAUUGAUGAAGAAGGAAUCUCUUAAUUUAAUUACACUUAGGAUGAUUGGAAUAUCAAUAUAGAUUUGAAUGAUAAUAUAAUUGAAUUACCGAAUAUAUUUGAAUAGAGUGAUGUUGAAAAGGUAAGUGAUUUUAAAUUUAUAAUAUUUGCAUUUAAGACAAUAAUAUUUUAGAUUGGAUUUUAAUUAAAUUCUAAAGAAUUUUAUGCUUAGAAAUAUUAAUUUAUGAAUACAACAAAGAUUUAGAAUAUGGAACCAAAAACAGCAAUAGCUAAUACAAAUAGUAUUUUUGUAUUUUAAUUAUCAAAAACAGAUCAAAUAGCAUUACCUGCAAAUAUUUUACCAUUAAAUAAAUUUGAUUAUUAAGAUCACAUAAUUUCUUAUUCAUCUAAUAAUUUCUUUUAAUAAAAUUAAUACACAACUUACUCUCCAUAAUCAAAAUACUGGGGAGAUAGAGAUGACAUAGUAAUUCCAUAUAUUCCUUUUUUUUCAAAUUGUCAAGGAUUUGGAUAAUAUAUAUAUUUAUAUUAAUUGAUUGAACAUGCAAAUUGCACACUUUAUAAUGAGAACGAAACAGAAGCAAUAAAUCCAUUUUAAUUUAGUAUGAGUCCUAUAAGUGAUGAAUGUAAUGAAUUAAAGUUGUAUUGUAUUAUGGAUGAGAAAUAUAACAUAAAUCCACGUUUACCAAGAUGGUUUGAAUUGAAUGGUGAAGAAACAUUAUUCUAUAUUUAAGCAGAUCCUUUGAAUCCAAAUGACUUCAAUUCAGAUUAUAAGGUACCUUCUUCUAAAGUAGUAGAAAUUUAAACAGCUAAUUCAAUACCUAGUGGAAUGAUGCCACUAGAAGUUAAUUUAGAUAUUCAUUAUUAUUAAGUUACUAAAACUUAAAAGAGAAUAAUUGCAGGAUCAGUAACUUUUACAAACUUUUAUAAAUUGAGUGAAGAUUAGAAAGCUGGAAAGGCAGAAAUAACAUAUAAUUUGAUAUUCAACUUUAUAUCCAUGACACAAGGGUAAUUAGUUAAUAAUUUCGCACUUGAAUGGCCGGUCUAUUUUAUUUUGUAUAUGAUAAUUGGAGCAAUUUUAACAAUGGAAGGUGCUAUAUUUCUAUUUUAUCAUUAUAUAACAAAUAGGAAUAGACCAAGACCAAAGAUUAAUUUAUUAAUUUAUGUUAGAAUAUUUUGGAUAAGUAGUUUAUAUGGUAUUUGUUUGGCAUUUGUUCCUGCUUUAACAGUCUUUAUUCUGAUAUCUAUAAUAAUGGCAGGAAAACUUUGGAAUACUGAUUUAAGUUUGAGUUGUAAUAUGACUCCAUAUUCUGAAUCAGAUGAUGGAUGUGCUAUAGUGUUUUUUGAUUUGUUUAAAAAUCAAUAAAAAUAUACAAGUGAUGAAUUUGUAUUAUUAAGAAAUGCUCGUUGUGGAAUUGCUAUGAUAACUGUUGGAUUAUAUAUUGUGUAUUUUAUUAGUGGUAUCUACAUUCCAGAAAUCAAUCCUGAAGAAGAUUAUAAUGGUAAUGUUAAAAAUGUAAGAUUGUGGAAACGAAGUCGUAUUUUAUAUUGUCUUGCUUUUAUAACUACUAUUAUACUAAUAAUGACUCAAUUUUCUUAUUCUGAUCUUUUUGCUAAUAAUGCAUAUAUGUUUCUUAUAUUUCUUAAAAUCUUAUAAAUGAUUUUAGAAUACAUUUUGGAAGUUUAUUUUGAUAACAAUUUAAUUUCUAGUCCAAUCGGAGUUAUAUUUAGUACUUAUAUCAAUGUAGCAACAAUGGGUAAUCCAACAUUUUAUGAAUUUUUAUUAUCUACAAUUGUUGAUAAGGGUAUUGAAAUGGUAGAAAGAGCUUAUGUAAUUAAGAUUUAGGAUUUUGUAACGGAGGAAUUGGAAUAAUAAUUUGAUAAGGUGUAUAAAAUGUUAAAAAGAUUAUUAGAUGAAGAGGAAGAGGAUUUUGAAUUAGAAGAUGAAAAAUUAGUAGAAAUGUAAAAAGUACUAAAAACCAAUGAAGAUGAUUCUGAUUCAGAUAUUGUGUUUUCAGAUGAUGGAAAAGAGAAUCUGGCUUCAGAUGAUGAAUCUUUUGUAAGUAAUAAAAUUUCAUCAAAUAAUCAUGAAAAUUCAUUUACUAAAGAAGAUUUAGAUGAAUUUGAAAAUAAGUUCAGAACAUAUUUACUUGAUUAACAUCAUAAAACAUUUUAAUAAUAUAAUGAAGAAUAAGGAAAUCAUUUAGAACUUGCAGCAGACAAUGAAGAUCAAACUGAUUUGAUAGAUUAUUUCUCUAAUUUUGCUAAUGAUAUCAUUACUUUGGUAUUCAAUCCAUUUAUAACUACUAUUAUGUGGUUCUUUUAUGAUGAAUCAAAUUUAUUGGCUGAUUAUUAGAUUAAUAAAAGUGAAUUUAUAUAUUACUUUUUAUGGACUAUAAUUUUAAUUCCCUUUUAAAUGAUAAUUGACACAUUUGGAUAUAAUUUAGUUGAACAAUAUCAUCAAUUGGAUUUCCUCACUUAUAUUAAAAAUACAAGAGAACGAUUCAGAAAUAGAAAUCUAUUUUGGAAAGCUAGUGAAUUUCAAAAUGAUUUAAAUUGUGAAACAUGCUUUCGUUCACUUGAUUGUAAUAAUUAAUUAUAUCUAUAAUUUUAGAAUGGUGUUAUUCAUCUUAAUUUUACUUUAUUACCACUUUAUAAGUUUGUGCCAUCUAGAUGAUUAUUUUUGGCUCACACAUCAUUUAUGUCAAUAAAUAUAAUAUAUUUAAUGAUGAAGGUAUCAUAUUAUAAUCAUUAUAAGCUCUAAUUUUUAUUAUUUUCUUCUGGGUUGUUGUUGCUUUCUUUCUCCAUCAUCUAUUUAUUGAAAUUGGUAAAAGAUUAAAAAUCUGGGAUAUCUCUAAUAGAGUCUCACCUCAAGAUGAAUAAGUUAUGUCCUCUAUUGGAGAUAUUGAUAAAUUAUCAACUUCUCAAAUACCUUCAGGACCUAUAUUGCUUAUUCCCAAUUGGAAUUUAGCUAUAGAGUUUAGAGAAUAGACUGAAAGACUCUCUGAAAUCAAUAAUAAUUUCCAAGAUUUUACUAAUGACCAUUUCAAAAAUCUAUUUGUUACUUCUAAUAAGUAAUGGUUAGCAGAUAAUAUCUAAUUAAUGUAUGUAUAAAAUUAUUAAUUAUUUAAUAGAUUAAGUCCAAAAACUUUAAAAUAAAAAAGAAAAAUAAUUUUAGAUAAAUUUAAUUCAAUAUAUGGUCCAUUAGAAAAAAAGAAUGAAGAAGAUCCUGUUGCUGGAUUUGAUAAUGCUUGGAAUUUUAGAUAAUUUGCCAAAAAUUCUUAAAGAAUAGAAAUGGCUAGAACUUCUCCAUAGAAAUUUAAUAAACGAAUUGAUAAUAUGAGUGAAGCUACAAAGGAAAUACUUAAAUAUUGGUUAUAUCGUUCAAGAAAUAUGAAAACAGCAAUUAAAUAUAUCGGAGGAUUACUUGAAAAGAUUACAAAACCAUUCUGUGAAUAUUGUGGAUUAAAUUGGGGAUUAGGAGUUGAUACAGAAACUAGAAUAGAAGAUAUUUAUUUAAGAUUUUUAAAAUAAAAAGGAUUAAAGUAAAUUUCAUUGAAUAUGGGAACUGAAAUAGAUGAUUGGUAGAAUUUCUUUCCAAAAUAGUGCAGAUUUAGAACAACUUGUUUUAUUUGUAAUGGUAUUAAGAUUUUAGUAUUAUUUUAGUAUUUAUGGUAGAAGAAAUGUAAAAAGAUAAAGUUAAAUUACAAGGAGAAUAGAAACUAGUAGUUUAGAAAAAGAAGAAUAAGUACACUCUAAAAAAAGUGGCAAAUCUUAUCUUGAUAAUGAUAAAAUUCAUAGAUAUGGCUUAGAAAUUAGCUUUUCAGAAUUAAUGA